AUGGGCCUUCACAACCCCCUCCCGUCGUCUAUGGCGUCGGAAUGCAAAAAGUGCGGCAAGAUUCUGACCUCCUUCAUCGACCCCCGGCAAGCCUUCAGUCCCGACAAGAUCAUCCCUCCGUCCGUACUCGCCAACGCAAAGGGCCUUGCAAUCCUCACCGUACUCAAGGCCGGCUUCCUUGGCUCCGGUCGCUUCGGUAGCGGCCUUACCGUCGCACGACUCCCCGACGGAUCAUGGAGUGCGCCAAGCGCCAUCGGCACGGCGGGCGCAGGCUUCGGCGGACAGAUUGGAUUCGAGCUGACUGACUUUGUCUUCAUCCUCAACGAUGCCAGCGCUGUCAAGACAUUUGCGCAGGCCGGCUCGCUGACGCUCGGUGGAAACGUCUCCAUUGCCGCCGGCCCUGUAGGUCGCAACGCCGAGGCUGCCGGUGCCGCGUCGCUGAAGAGCGUGGCGGGCAUCUUCGCAUACUCUAAAACCAAGGGCCUGUUCGCCGGCGUCUCCCUGGAGGGCUCCGUCAUCAUCGAGCGCCGCGACGCCAACGAGAAGCUCUAUGGAACCCGCUACACCGCCGCCCAGAUCCUGACCGGUAGUGUCCGCCCCCCGCCCCAGGCCGCGCCGCUUAUGAAUAUCCUCAACUCCCGCUCCUUCAACGCUGGCCGCACCGGCCAGGUCAACGAUUCCAUGUACAACGAUAUCCCUGUUUACGAUCAAGGCCAUGACAACGUGGUGUGGAACGGCCGCCAGGGCACCGGUCUUGGGGAGGGUGACACGAACCACCGCAGCAGUGUUUACGGCCAUGGUUCCAAUGGGGGUGCUGACGGUGCCAGUGAGUUUGGUGGACCCAAGAGGGCCAGUACAUGGCAGGACGACGUCUACGACCGGCAGAGCAACGGAGGCUUCGGCGGAGGGGGCGGCGGAGUGUCACGCUCCAACACAUUUGCGUCAAGAGGAAGUCAGAACGAUAACUACGUCUACAAGGAUAACCCGUCGACCAGCCUCGUCAGCAGCCAGAAGACCGGAGCACCUGGCAGACCCGCAGCGCCGAAGCCAAACUUUGCUUCUAAGAAUGCUAUGCUCAAAAAGAACGAGGCGGUAGCGCUGUUUACGUUCGACGCCGACCAGCCCGGCGACCUUGGGUUCAAGAAGGGUGACAUCAUCACGGUGCUGAAGAAGACUGAGAGUGAAAACGAUUGGUGGACCGGCAUGAUUGGCACGAGACAUGGCAUCUUCCCCAGCAACUACGUCAAGAUGCGCGAGUGA